CGCGUUUGUGCUGCACAGCGGACUAUGACAGUUUGUAAACAUAUUCAGGGAUGCUGAAUGUGCUGUUCGGGCAUUGGCCAGAGGUGAUGUAAUACCCUCUAAAUAAUGCAUGGCCUUAAGAAUGUGAAAGACCAUGAGGCAGAAAGCGCAGGCAGAGGAAAUCGAUGUCAGUGUGAGAGAGAGGGAAAUCUGCAAGUGUCUGGGCAGAACACAGCAUCACAUGGAAAGAAAUAGCAACAGACAGUGGAGAACCUCACCCCAGUACAAAGGGAUGAUCUGAUCAUAUCCAAACCCAGGAUGUUGAAGCCUUGGGUGGUUCAUUGCUCCAUGCACCACAUUUCAGUCCCUUUCAUUGAGAUACUGCUGCCUCCUGACUUGAACACGUGCAACACCUAAAUAUAAACAGUGCCAUGACGGAAUCCCAUUCUUAGCCAAUACCACUUUUCUUAAAACAACAGAGGCAGUAAAUGUUGACGCAUCGAGCCAUGUCUUUUUAACGGUGUCCGGAAGGGAUUCUAGCCCUCAAGGAAAGCCACAUUUGCCAGGCUUCUUCUUGGGCCUAGACGGCAGAUGGUUCAUCACUGUGGCCUUGAGGCCUGGAAUCCAACUCCUUCUCUGGUGUAAAGACUGUGGAGGUGAUGGAGGGAUCAGAAGUGGAGGACAUCAGUCCAGCCCUUGAGGCAACAGAAGACUACCUGCACUGCUUGGACAGUGGUCCAGAAGCUGGACAAAUUUGCCCUACCAAACUAAAAGAGGUGUCCACUCUAGACAAACUAAACUCCAGUGGGGUAUGGGGGUUGCUGACUGGGGAACAGACCGAGAUAGCGUCUCAUAACCUAGCCUGGGCUAAACAAACAUCCUUCAGUGUUCUGGGCCUGAAGAAUGGGAAAAGGAACCGAGCUCGCUCGACAAACGAUUUGGCAGCCCAUGCCAAAGAGACCAACUCCACCAGUUCAUCUAGUGGCGGCUUCAAAAAAGGGCACAACAGAUCACGGUCAGAUGUCAACUAUCGGACGUACACUGAUAACGGCGUGCCAGCCAUUGACAAGAACACCCUCAAGAAUAUGGCAUUAAAUGACCAAAUGGAAGGCAAUAAGGAGAGCACCACUAGUCUGGUAAAGCAGGGCAUUUUGGAGCACAGAGAGGGUCCUUGGGGCCGUUGGAAUACCUGCCAUGUGGAGCUCACACCCUGUGAGCUGCGGGUCUACAGCCUGGACAGCAGUGGGAACAGGCAGCUGUGUACAGCCCUGUCACUGUCUCACUGCCAGAGCGUGGGUGCGCUUCAGCCUCAGGAUGGCCGUGUGCUACAGGCCCUUUUCUUCAACAGUACUCGGUUGCAGCUCCGUGCUCCCUGUCAGUGGGAGGCUCUGGAGUGGCGCCGUCUUCUUUGGGAAUGUGUCCUGGUUGCCCGUCCAGGCGAGCCCUCUUCUGCUGCUUCUCCAAACCCUCAAGAACUGGAUUCCAAUUCGGUCUCUUUGGCAACCUCUCGUCCACUAGUCCGUCCAAAAGCCCUGCCCCUAUUCACUCAGCACUGUGCUGACGUGCUCAAAGUAGGCCUCCUGUAUCAACUUAGCGACCUCAACAACUGGAGCGCUUUCACCUUCGUGCUCAGCCGCACCCAACUGCAGGCCUUCCAAACCGAGGGCAGAGGGCCAGUUUGCGAGCCCGUGCUGCGGUACUCUCUUGCCUCCUGCUUGGCUGUUCAGCGGGAUGAGGCUGAUGGAGGAGUCUGUGCCCGCUUCCAGGCCAUCUUCCCUGAGGAGGUGCUGCGUCUACGUGCUGAGAGUGAGCCUCAGGCCCGGGACUGGGUGGAGGCCCUGCGCACAUCUGUGGCUGUCCAGAGACCUCAAGGGGAGAGCAGUCGUAUAGCGCCACCUGGAGUGCUAAUGAGGAGCAGACCAGCCCGGGAGCGUCGCCAAAGGGAGGCCCAGAGAGCCAAGCGCCAGUCUGUUACAACAAGCUUCCUGAGUAUUCUCACUUGUUUGGCUGUAGAGAAGGGUCUGACCGCUCAAAGCUUCAGAUGUGCAGGAUGUCAAAGACCGGUGGGAUUGUCAAGAGGCAAGGCCAAGGUUUGCUGCUACAGUGGAUGGUACUAUUGCCAGAGCUGCCACCAAGACAACCUCUUCCUUAUUCCUGCACGACUGUUGCAUAACUGGGACACCAGCAAACAUAAGGUGUCCAAGCAAGCUAAGGAGUUCUUAGAGUUUAUAUACGAGGAGCCCUUGAUGGAUGUGCAGCAGUUGAACCCAGGCCUGUACGAACACUCGGAACCUCUAGCCGCCGUACUCAAGCUGCGGCAGCAGCUCAAGUCUCUCAGGGCUUACUUAUUCAGCUGCCGAGCCACGGUAGCCGAGGACCUACGGCGCAGGAUUUUUCCAAGGGAAUACCUGUUACAGCACAUUCACCUGUACUCUCUGGCUGACCUCCAGCAGGUAAUAGAUGGGAAAUUGGCUCCCUUCCUCUCUAAAGUGAUCAAGUUUGCCAGUUCCCACGUGUACAGCUGCAGUCUGUGUCGAGAGAAGGGCUUCAUCUGUGAGCUUUGCCACAACGGCCAGAUCCUCUACCCUUUCCAAGAGAACGCCACCAAGAGGUGCGAGGGAUGCGGAGCGGUGUUCCACACCGAGUGCCGGCUGCGUGCCCAGCCUUGUCCACGCUGUGUUCGUAGAGAGCUGCACAAGAAGCCAUCUUCAUUCUGGAAGAAGCACAACCACAGCGAGAGCCCCGACGACGACUGCUGCUUCGAGCUGGACACCUGAGCUCAAGCUCGGAUUGCGAGGGAGCCCCCCCUCCCACCUGGGCCUGUUUUACUGACCAACAGCCAACUGCGGCUGAGUUUCUGCAUGUGCGCUUCCAGGACUUACUACACGCCGUCUCAGUGAGCCCUGUAGAAGAGCUCUGUGUUUGUCGACAAGGAAAAGAAGGGUCUUUUUGUUUGUUUUUCAGUCCUCUCUUUCUUUCUCUCUUUCUGUCUUUCCCUUAACCCUCCCUCCCUUCCUCCUUCUCUGUCGCUUUUUCCUUCUCUCCUCCUCUCACCUGAGAGAUAGGGGGCACGCAGACAAUACUUCAGUCCCUGAAGAGGAGAGGUUUCAUAAUGAUACCAAUUUGCCCUCUCCUUUCAUCUACCAAAUGACAGCCGGGCCAACCGGCAAAUGCGGAACCGAGUGGAGUACUCUCUCAUGCUAGCGUGUAAACACACUCGAGCAGUCUGACACAAAAUAAUGCAGUCUCUGAAAAUCCAAGACUAAAUCAUUUUCUCUGCACAACAGAGCAUCUAAUCCAUUAAUGGCCACGCUACGAUCGGAUGUUGAAAAUCUCAUCUAGUAGGAAAAAGUCUUAGAAGUUAGUAUUCAACCUAUAGACGCAAACAUCCGCAUUACCCUCGACUGUCUUCCUCUCUGCAUUCCUGCACAACUUCUGUGAGCAGUCAAUUUAGAACAGGACAAUAUACGAACAGCGUUUCUUACACUGUUUAGUUGCAUACAGUGGAGAAAGCUUGGUGCCAUAAUUACCACUGGACCGAGGACUAAGCCUUGGGGAACCCCCUGUUUUGUUUUUUUUUUUUGUUUUUUUUUUAAAGAGGAAUUUAGAAACAUAAUCUCACGCACUCGAGACAUGCACAAUGGUUUGGACUCCUAUGAAGUGACUCUUGGCUUAUUUGAGUCAAAGGCAACGCUCGCUCAGAGAGGUUGGCAUCUCAUCCUGUACAGCUGGAACUGAAGUUUAUUGCUGCUCAGUGCCACUGCCUAUAUGCAGCUGAGCCACGUUCCCUUUGCCAACCGCUGGCUUUUUGAUUACAAACUACCCUGAGCCACAAGCUCCCAAAUUAUAGUCCAGAGCACUGGGGCUUUGUUUAGCAUUGGUAGACCCAGUUCAACAAGGAUGGCGGAGUAAACCCGCCCGCUGACGGGCUCGUUACUCACGUUGUCCACCCCUACCGCAGGAUUGGAUCAAUAUCAGUCGCUCGUCUCACUGGGUGUGCAUUCACACUCCAUUUUCCGGCUACUUGAACUAAGCACUGGCAAUAAUAUCACUCAUUUUGCUUUUUUUUUGCUGCCUUAUUUGACCUCUUGGUUCUCAUCAUCGUUUCCAAAGGGACAGUGAUUUGACAAUGCACAACGACACAUGCUUUCGCUUGAAUUUCUGUUUUUCUUUUCCUAUGCAAAUUAGAUAGGCUAAGUGACCUUUUUCUUGCGCUUAAAAAAUCCCCCAAACUUCUGAUCCCCCCUCCACUUUUAUUUUCCUUCUUCAAGCAUGAAGGUGAGAUCAGGAUCAGAUUUCAGGCACCGUACCAGUAAUGUAAAAGCUUUCGGUGUAAUUCUUGUUUUUUUUUUUUUUUUUUUUUUUUUUCUUGAUUCUGAAGGAUAACAUUAUUUAUUGUUCUGGCUUGCAGUGAUGAAGGAUAGUUAACGGCUAAAGGACUUAGACAUGGAGUUUUCCCCCUGUUACAGAGAAGCAGCUAGGCCAAACUUUAAGUAUACAUUUUUAUUGCGCUGAAUUCUUUUUAUUUGUUUACUGGUUUGUAAAAAUGUUUACAUCAUGUAUUUCACACAGAGCAGCUUCUUUGUGUUUUUUUUUUGUUUGUUUUUUUCGUUUUUGUCAUUUGCACCAAACGAGUACACGUGUUUACUUUGAAUAGACUUGAAGGAAAUGGGCGGACGUUGGUUGGUGGUUACUAGACUGUAGAAUUUGUGUGCCACUUGUUAAUAAUUGUUCCUAAUUUGACUGUAUUAAUCAAACCUCUUUCUCAUAUACACUUUGCCUGCCUUAAACUAAAAGCCAGUACAUCUACCUGUUGAUAACGAUCUGGUAUUGUACCUUAGUAAUACAGUUUGUUGGGGAUGAAUAGGUUCUCAUCGUCUAAUCUGUAGUUCAGACUGAAACUUCCUUAAUUGUUGAUUGUACAGAGUUUUUGAUUAUUAGACCCACCUCUUUUGCUGAAAUCGGUAGCAAAAUUUGGCAGUUUGACACUGGCAGUUUGAAUAUCUGCUGUACGACAAAGCCUGUUUUGGGUCUUUUACAGCAUCCGGCACGGUUAAUGCGUUUGAAUUGAGAGAUUGCUGGUUGUGAAUACUCUGAUGAGCAGACUUGUACUAGUUAGUCAGUAAGUUGAGCUUCCUUAAUAACACUGAUGACAAAUUGCAGGAAAAAAAAAACACUCGAUCACUAGAACAGAUUCAGUGCAGCUUGGCAGAGAUUCUCUGAAUCUGUACUGGAGUGAUUUAGCAAUUGAUGACGAUUAUGAUGAUGAUAAUGAUGUCACAUCUAAAAUCGAUCAUAGGUGUCCAGUUGGAUUGAGAUCUGGUAAGUUUUAGGGCUUUAUCUUAUGAUUUACAUCCUCAACAAACCAUACAGUGAGUUUUCGUGAUCUGUAAAUGUAGGCGGAGUCAUCCUGGAAGAGACCACACCUAUCAGGACAGAAAAGUUAGGAUAAACAGCUGAUGAUUAGCUGCCAGCAGAACUUUGCCACCAUUUUUUUUUUUCAUUUAAUUUGUCACCGAUUUUUAUCUUAGCUCCCGGAUUCCUAUUCUUUGCUUUUUGUUUCAUUUCUGUCCAUAAAUGUUUGCUCGUAGCCUGACGUGAAGUUGUUCCACAAAUAGUACAACCUGUAAUAGUAUUAUUGAUUAGUCUGGAAUUGAACUUAUUAGCACUGUUGUAAAGUUAUCUUCAGGGAUUUUAAACACUGAAAAUGGUGAUACUGAAAGAGGAAAAAUAAGGGAACAGAUAUAAGUGGAAGUACUUUCAUUCCUUUUUGUACAACAAAACCUAUUUGUACAUCGUUAUUACAUUUGAAAUGUGAUCAUCUUACAGUUUUAGCCACCCUGCUGUUCUCUGUUGUAUAUAAUUCAAUGAUCCGUAUCAGCAGUUGAUUAAAGCAGUAUUUAUUAUAUUUAUGUUCUAUUUAUCUUCGACUGUAUCCAUGCCUGAUUCUGCUUGUUCUUCCCAUUCUGUCAUCCUACAUCCAAAAACUUGACACCACGGACAGCCUCUUAUGCAAAUAUAUAAAAAAAAAAAUCGUAGUGUUUCUCUAUUGGUUGCUUUUUUUUUUUUGUCACUGAUACCAAUAAAGUAAGUUACC